CAUGGGGCUGAUGGGCUAUCGAGGAUCGAAAGCGCAUUUGUCAUGAUUUGAGGAGCACAUUAUAUUACUAAAGAGGAUGAAGAGAGUGUUUGUUGGGGGUUUAUUUCCUGGGGUAACAGAAGAGGAAAUAAGGGACAGAUUCAGUCGCUUUGGAGAAGUGACAGAGGUGGAAAUCAAAAGAAAAAAGAAUGGAGAAGAUUCUUCUGAAAAGAUUUUUGCAUAUGUGAAUUUGAACAUCAGUGAGGAAAACUUGUCCAAAUGUUUCAGUGUUUACAACAAGACAAAGUGGAGGGGUUCACAGCUGAAGCUACAAUUAGCCAAAGAGGAUUUUUUAAAAAGACUUGGCAAGGAACGUGAAAAUGGUUUUGCUGUUGAACCUAAAGUGAAAUGCAAAAAGGCCAUCCACCAUGAUCCGCUGAGAAAUCAGGAAGGGAUUCAGAAUUUUCAUAUGCGGGGAGCUGUGCCAGGCACCAGCAUACAGGGAGAGGAGAAUUGGGUGGUUGGAAAGUAUGGUAGAGUAUUACCAAUAGUCCACAUUCCCAGCAAGCAUAGCAAAAAAAUAAUGACUAUAGAUCCUUCCAAGUUCUGUCACAAUGUCAAAAGGGUAAAAGAGGAGGAGCAAGAACUUGAUAACUGUGAUACCAAGAAACUAACCUGGGCAUUGAAGGAAAAAAAUCCAGAGAAGAUGAAGAAACGAAUCGGAGAUGUCCGCUCAACCUCCAAGUUUGCCGGCAGAAAAUAUCAUCAGACCAGUGUUUCUGCUGAGGACCUAACACAGAGGUUGAAUGGUGUUACUGGAGAGGAGGACGAUUUGGAGAUAGUUCCUCUGAAGGAAAGCACAGGAAGUGCAAAACUUGGAGCAUGUGCAGAUGGAGAUUCUGAUUCAGAUUAUGAAGCAAUUAAAAAUUCUGUCACGAAAGAUAAAGGCAGAGUUUCAUCUAGUGAGACUGAACGUUCAUCAAAAGAGAAAAACACUGAAAAAGGUUCAAAAAAUGUUAAAUUGUCUGAAAGGUUCACAGAAACUACUAGCAAGAAAAAUAACUCUUCAAAAAUUGUUCAUGAUUCUGAGAAAUCUGCAGGUGCUUCAAGUUGUGUUGUGAAUUUCAUGGAAGAUGAUUCAGAUAAGGAAUCUGUUUCAUCUGCUGACACAGAUGUCAUUGUUGCCAAGCAACCUAAUAGGAAUUCUGGGAAAACUUCAAUUCAAUCCACGAGUUACUCUGUGACACAGGGAAUUAACGAAUUUUCAGAUGGAUUAACAGUGGAAGAAUCUAGAAGCGAGUCUAGCAAUUUUAAUUAUGAGAGUGAUGAUAGUUUAAGUGCAGUAGGUUAUGAGAGGUUAGCAAAAAGAAUUGAAAAGGAAUAUCAGAGGAAAUUUAAUAGUGACAUGACAAAUAAUGAAGGAAAUCUUGAUUUUGAAGUAACUGGGACUUCUUUGAAGAACAGUUCACCAGACAAACAGAAAAUAUUACUUGUGACAGGAAACAUAAAAGCUAAGAGAACAAUGAAAACUGAGCUUGUGUCUGAACGCAGUACCAACAAUGAUUCAGUGCAAAAUAAUUCUGUGUCAAAUUCUGAUGAUGAUUCAGUGCAGGUCAGUUACGAGGAAACUUUCAGUUUAAGUGCGUCAGAAGGCAGCUGGGAAGAUGAUAGGCUCAAGGAAGAUACAGCAGGAACUGAAAAUAUAGCAAAGAAAUUUAAAAGUUCAUCAGGACAAACUGGACCAAAGUGUGUCUUACCUCCUUUUAAAGGAACUUCGUCUCUGUACAGUUCUGAUGUUGGCAAGAACCAGGGGAGCAUGUGCAAUAGAAAUGAUGUGGAAGAUUCUCCAACAGAAAAAGAAACAAAGACAAAAAAGGUAAUCACAUCACCUUCUAAAGGAACUGUCAUGGUAGAUUCUUCUAUUAAAAACACUAAAAAUUCCAUAGAAAAGAAUGAAACCAAGACUCAGGAUGGAAAAUUAAUAAAAAAUAAGAAGGCUACUGAGAAUUUUGUUCAAAGUCAUUCAUUGGAAGAAGGAGUGAAAAAGUGUGAAUCAGAAGUGACUGCUGAUGUGGAUAUUAAACAGAGGAGCCAGGCCUCGGAUAGAAAGAGAGUGGAGUCCAUGAUGGAGACAAAGGAAACAGAAGUGACUGCUAAUGUGGAUGUUAAACAGAGAAGUAAGGCCUCAGAUAGAAAGAGAGUGGAGUCCAUGAUGGAGAGGACAAAGGAAGCAGAGAUGAAGAAGAGAGCCAUACAGCAAGCCCUCAAACUGAACUCAAAGGAAGAAAGACCCAACAAGAAGAUAGUGUUUGAGUCUGAUAGCAGUGAUGCAGAAGACAAGCAGAUGGAAGAGGGGGGAGAUAGAGUUCAGACAGCGAAUAAAACCAAUACUGAGAGAGAGAAGAAGCCGGCCCUGUUUGACAGCUCCUCUGAGGAGGCAUCAGAUGAGGAUUCAGACAAAGAGAGGUUCAGAAUACGGCCCGAAUUUGAGGGAAAAGCAGGAAAAAAGCUGAUGAAGCUUCAAUCCAGAUUUAAGAAUGAUGAGAGAUUCAAACUGGAUGAGAAAUUUAUAGAUGAAACUGACUCGGAAAAAAAUGGCAGCUCUGACGAGGAAGAUGAAAGAUUCAAGCCUCCAACAGAGAAUGAUGAUGAAAAGUCCAGGGCAUUAAAAAUCUUGGAAGAAGUGGUAGGAUCCAAGGCAUUAAAGAAAGUACAGAAGAAGAAGACCAUGUUCAAAGACGUGUCUGCCAUUCAUUUUGACCCUACCAAGGAAGAUCACAAACAGUUUGAAAUGGAGCCACAGAUGAAGAAAAAGAAAAUAAAAGCAGUACAGAGGAAAACGAGCUUCUCCUCAGAUGAGGACACUGAGGCUGUAGAUCCAGACAGACACAAGGAGCCCAUUGAGGAGGUCCCAGAGGUGACAAAGGAGAGGUUCUAUCAGGUGGCCUCAGAUUCCUUCAAGGAGACAUUCUCAAACAAAACAUCAGAUGUGGUGGACUCCCAGUUCUCACUCCUGUCUGUGUUCGGGAGGCAACAACAGCAGACUGCAGACAGUGAUGAAGAAAUGCCAGAAGUAGAACAGAUCGAAUCCAAUUCCAGUCAGAAGGCGGGGCAGUUACUAUGGAAACAGCAUGUUGACAGUAGCCACGAAAAUAUGACAUCGGACGAGGAAGCUGAGACCAAUGUACCAGUCAACUUGUUUACCAGUAGCCAAAGUACCUUUUUCUUCACUGAAGAUGAUGAAAGAAUAAAAGAGGGCAUUCAGGAGUUUUGCAGGAAAGAGGAUUUGGAAACAAUCAGAGAAAAAUGGCUUGAAAAUAGACAGAAUCUUGUAAAUGCAUACACAACAAAACAUAAAAGUUUGUCAAGAAAAAAGAGGAUAGCUCAGAAAAACAAAAGAAGAAAAUGAACUAGUAUUUUAAAGAGAGAAAAUGCUUCAAAUUUUUAUACAAAAAAAUAUCAAUAAAAUUUCUAAAUAUUACCAAA